CCAUGGUUAUGCGGAGCGAGACCUUCCAGGUUGCUGGCUGGCGACGUUGGGCGUGGUGGGAUCGAGCCUCUGGCGUCGGCGUCUGAACGAGAGGUGCAGGUGAAGAAAAGAGCAGGGAGCUGCUGCGCACGCGCGAGAGAGCCGCGGUGUGGGGAAAGGUCUGCUUGCAAGAUGCUGCGGCGGAAACCGACGCGGGUUGAAUUGAAGCUAGACGACAUCGAGGAGUUCGACGGCGCCCGCAAGGAACUCGAGAGUCGUAGGAAGCGUGAGGAGGUGGACAUGGUGGGAGCCAGCGAUGCUGAGUGUGCGCUGGGACUCAGCACUGAUCAUAAGAGCCGGGAGCAGAUGAUACAUGACCGGAUUGGCUACAAACCCCAGCCCAAACCAAACAACCGUUCAUCUCAGUUUGGGAACUUUGAGUUCUAGAGCCCAAAGGGUGGACAGUGGCAGUGCCUGGUACCUGUGAGCUUUGGAAGAAAGCAGGAAUUUGUUUCAAGAGCCCAACAAACUCUGUUUAGAAAUAGCAGAAGAGACUGAGCUUCUCUCCUCUAGGUUUUAAAUGGAGUUCCUCCUCCAAGCAGAGCAAGUGUCUUGCUUUCCCUACAAAGAUGGGAUCUUCCUUACUUGAUGGUUUCUUUUGUGCAACCUUGCUAGGCUGCCGUGCUUAAUAAAAUAUUUGUUUUUAA